AUGAAGGUUCAAGUUGUGGGUCUAAGAACUCAUGGCAUAAAAAAGAAAAGACAAUGGCCGUUGAAUAAGAUUGUGACAGCCACUCUCAAGUACGACCGACCAAAGCUCAAAUUCAAUGUCGAUAUCGCCUUGAUGGUUGCUAUCCACGGGUUCAAAUCUAUCUUGCUGACCUUCAAUGAGCCAGCGAUACCAGCCCCAAAAUCGAAGGAUCACACUGAUUCCCAAUCAUUAUUGCCAUCCCUAGGAACCAUAGUUUCUCUCGUAUUCUUCAACGGAAGCUGUAAUCCGUCAAAACAACCUAAAUUAGCAUCGGGAGGUAAUCACAACAUGGGCUCAGAUAUGCUCUUUUUGUUAAAAACACUCCGACGGCUUCUAAAUCUUCAUAUCUUCGGGGUUGUUGCCUUGAUUUGCUUGAGGAGUGCGAAUGAUGAUAGCCGAUUUAGCCACCAUACGAUCUUCGAUCUAGUCAAGUACUACAGACUGGAGAUCAAGACGUUCUGUUGGGGUAUAUUCUCUUGGACGAAUCUAGAUUUAUACGGAUGUUUGCUCAGGUUAUUAAUGUUUGCAAUAAAAACAAUCAAUCGCUUAUUACCAAGAAUAGUUUUGCAUCAAUCGAUCUCCACAAAACUCAACCGACUCAAUCAAGUCGAUUUGAAUGGAUCAUUUCCAUUCGCGUUCAAGAGAAACCCCAUCAAGGCUUCAAGCUUAACGGACUUUUGGAGUCGACAUUGGCACAGCGUGUACAAGAGCGCCUUCGUCGAGGCCGGUUCAGCUCCUACAAUCCACUUCCUAGUCAAGACUUGCGGAUUGAAACCUGAUUCAAAAAUCGUCAGACUUUCUGGAAUCAUGGGCGCAUUUGCUAUCUCGGCGGUGGUUCACGAAAUCGAUAGAAUACAUAUGAAGGGUGAUUAA